AUGGCGGACGCUCGCGAGACCGAAGCUGCAGCUUUGCAAGCUGCUGCGGAAGCGCAUGAGCAAGCCUUUGGACAUGGAGGUCCAGGCCAGGUGUCGGAGAACGAAGAAAAGGAAGACUUGCCCGUGCUGAAGAGACCCGCAAGCAAGAAUGCUCCCAAAGGGAAGCCACAGGGCAAAGCCAAGAGUAAGGGCAAGCCUAAGACUUCGCCUAAGCCGAAAGUGAAGUCCUCGAAGGAACAGGACAAGGAUGCAGGCGAAGACUCGACCAAGCCCCUUAAGCGCAAGCACGAGGAUGCAGGGGAAGACCCCAAGUGCAAGAAAGCCAAGGGUGAAGCGCCUGAACCAAAGGGCGGCAAAGAUGAGGACAACGACAAGAAGAAGAAAGGCAAGGCGAAGGACAAAGACGAAGAGCGGGCCAAGAAGCUUCAGUUGGAAGAGCCGGAAGAGCCGGCGCCUGAAGAGUCGGCUGUUGAGGCGGCUGAGGAGCCUGAGCACCGAGACCCGAAGAAGGCUUGGUACUUCAACAAGGUGUUGAGCACCAUGCCUGAACCCGUGCAGGCAUUGUUCCGGUCAAGCACCAUCAGCCGCAAAGAGAAAACGAAGCUAGUGCAUGCUUGCGUCGGCAAAGAUGACAAGGGCAAGUGGGUGGCAACGCCCAACAACGCUGUCGUGGAGAGCAUGAGCAACAUGUACUCAGAGCUCGUUGGUCGUGAAAAGGCGAAAGGCAUGCCGAAGGCCUUGAUGCUGGGCCGACUCGGCGGGGGCGAAGAAGCCCUGGAGCGUGCCUUGAGGGAUGGUGAUGUGAAGUGCAUCCAGCAGAACGGGAAGACCUUUUACUUCUUCGAAGAGGUCGAGAUUUGCAGGAGCAAAGGCAAAGUGGAAGCCACGAAGUCUAGCAUGCAGAACAACACCCCGGGCCUCGAGGAGAUGAGCAGCUUCCAGUCCUUCCUGACCAAUUUCAGGCCUACGUUCAAUGAGGACGAGGGCGACGUGAAUUUCGGCUUGCAGAACCCGCCGUCUUCUGGCAGCAGUGGUCCAGAUGGAGGUCGCUUGGCCCGCUUGGCGAUUUGCGACGGGCCGGUGGCUUUGAAUGCGAGCGCCAUGCAGAAGGUGGAGGACGCCUUGCAGUGGCUGUACAAGGCCAAGAAUGAUGCCAGGAAGGCCUUGCAAGCUUGCGCAGGAACAGGCCAAGGAGUUCAGGCUUUGAAGAGUGCGCUGAGCAGCAAGGUCCAGGAGGUGUUGCGCUUUCAGCUCACGCUCGAGGAGGUGAAGAUUUCGGGCCAAGGUGAGUUUCAGGAGACGAAAGCGCUCUUGUCGAACACUGCCAAAGCCCUGAUGGACACGCAGGAGCUGGUGCGUGGCUUGACAGCCAUGAGCUGA